AUGGUUGGAAAACUCAAACAGAACUUGCUGUUGGCAUGUCUGGUGAUCAGUUCGGUGACAGUGUUUUAUUUGGGCCAACAUGCUAUGGAGUGUCACCAUCGAAUAGAAGAACGCAGCCAGCCUGUGAGGAUGGAAAGUGUGAGAAGCACAGUAAGAACUGCUUCCGAUGUAAAUGCAAACAAAACCUUUGCUUACAACAAAGACAUGCCUUUAAUAUUUAUUGGAGGAGUACCUCGAAGUGGCACUACUUUAAUGCGUGCCAUGCUUGAUGCCCAUCCGGAUAUUCGAUGUGGAGAAGAGACAAGGGUAAUCCCGCGAAUUCUGGCAGUUAAGCAGAUGUGGGCUAGAUCAAGCAAAGAGAAGAUCCGACUGGAUGAAGCUGGAGUCACAGAUGAGGUUCUGGACUCAGCCAUGCAAGCAUUCUUACUGGAAAUCAUUGUGAAACAUGGAGAGCCUGCUCCAUAUUUGUGUAACAAAGAUCCUUUUGCUUUAAAAUCCUUAACUUAUCUCGCUAGAAUUUUCCCUAAUGCCAAAUUUCUUCUAAUGGUACGGGAUGGUCGUGCAUCUGUGCAUUCCAUGAUAUCUAGAAAAGUCACUAUAGCUGGGUUUGACCUUAACAGCUACAGGGAUUGUUUGACCAAGUGGAAUCGUGCUAUAGAAACUAUGUAUAACCAGUGUAUGGAGGUUGGUUUUGAAAGGUGUAUGCUGGUACAUUACGAACAACUCGUAUUGCAUCCUGAAAGAUGGAUGAGAACUCUCUUAAAGUUUCUCCGCAUACCAUGGAACCAAGCAGUGCUGCACCAUGAAGAAAUGAUUGGAAAAGCAGGGGGUGUUUCUCUUUCAAAGGUUGAAAGAUCUACUGACCAAGUAAUCAAGCCAGUCAAUGUGGAAGCACUGUCAAAGUGGGUUGGGAAGAUACCUGCUGAUGUUCUGCAAGAUAUGCCCGUGAUUGCACCAAUGCUAGCAAAACUGGGUUAUGAUCCAUAUGCCAAUCCACCAAAUUAUGGAAAGCCAGAUCAAAAAGUUGUGGAAAACACAAGGAGGGUCUAUAAAGGUGAAUUUCAGCUUCCUGACUUUCUUAAAGAAGUGCCACAGACUGAACCUAUGGAAUAG